UCUGUGGGGGGAUCUAUGGGGCAGGGGGAGUCAGGAGGUGGGGAGGGGUCGCCGUUGCAGGUGCAGGUGCAGGUGAGGGAGGGCCGGGCCCUGGCGGCCCUGGGGUGGUGGGAGCUGCUCCGGGGCCUGCUGGUGUUCGCCCUCUGCUCCCACCCCCGGCUGCAGCAGGACCCCGAGGCGUUCCUGCGGGCGUCCCGCCGGGUUCUGGGUCCCCACCUAUGGCGGGCCCUUCUCUCCGUGUCCCUUUGGGGACAGUUUGCGGUCGGCCGGAGCCCGGCGGCCGUGCAGGAGCUGGGCCAGCGGCUCCGGGCUCGAGGCCUGCGGCCCUUGCUGGCCCUGCCCAUCGAGGGUGAGGGACCCGAUGGCGAGGGCGAGGCCUGGUUCGAGCAGAACUGUGGGGCAGCCCUGGAGUGUGUGGGGCUGGCGGCCGCCUCGGGCCCCGAGCCCGCCAUGCAGCUGAAGGUGACGGCGCUGCUGAGCCAGCGGCUCUGCGAGAAACUCUCCCUCCGAUUGGCCGGGCCGGAAGGGGCGGAGCUAAACCCAGACAAGGUGGCGGCCAUGUUGGGUGGCCAGGUGCCGGAGCUCACCUGGCUCAGCCCGGCCGAGAACGAGCACCUGGGGAGGGGCCUGAGGAGGCUGGAGCAGGUGGCACAGGCAGCGGUGGCGCGGGACGUGCAGGUGCUGGUGGACGCCGAGAUGUCUCACCUGAACCCCGCCCUCACCUGCCUCACCUGGGGGCUGAUGUGGAGGCACAACCGGGCGGGGCCCCGCGCCCGCAUCUGGCACACCUGGCAGGCCUACCUGAGGGCCACCGAGGCUCACCUGGGCGCUCACCUGGCGCAGGUGGGCGGGGCCGGGCUCAGCUGCGGGGUGAAGUUGGUGCGCGGGGCUUACCUGGCCCAGGAGCAGGGGCGGGCCCGGGCCCGGGGCUGCCCCUCCCCCACCUGGGACACACCUGAGGAGACCUCGGCCAGGUGA